AUGGAGGAAAACGAAGAAGAGUCGGUGGAGGAACUCUUGAAAAAGGCCAGCCUCCAGGUGGAACAACACCUCUUUCGGGAGUCGAGGGAGAUUUUGGAGAGAGUGUUGGAGAUACAAACACAAGAAUUGGGUGAAGAUGAUCUCGCUGUGGCCUCAACACUGAGUAAGGUUGGAUCUGCGCUGAAAAGGGAAGGUUUUUUUGAUGAAGCUGUAGAGAAACUCAACCGAGCACUCGCAAUACGUAUGGGAAAAUUGGGAAGGCAUGUUGAUACGGCGGACACCUACAUUGACAUUGCCGGGGUCCUUGAAGCACAAAACAAGGAUGAACAAGCCGAAGAAAUACUCCGGAAAGCUCUCGAUAUCAAGCUCGAAUUAUUUUCAGAUACCCAUCCUGGAGUGACGGCAGUGUAUCGAGGUCUAACGUUUUCAUUGCAAAAGCAAGGCAAGUUGUCAGAAGCAAUCAAGAUGCACAAACAGGAACUUACGGCACUACUGCAACUACAUGGGGAAGAGCACCCCAGUGUGGUAAUGAUAUAUACUGGCAUCAGUGGGCUGCUAAAACUUCAAGACAGGUUGGAUGAUGCGCUUCAGAUGAUUGAUAGAGCCAUUGAAAUUUGCAGUCGAUUGCAAGGAUUGGGAAACUUCGACAAGGAGAUAUUGGGAGCAACGCUCGGCGGGAAAGCACGAAUUCUGGAAGAACUGGGCAACAUCGAAGCUGCCACGGAGACGCUCAACAAAAGGCUAGUGAUACAAAUUGAAACGUCAGGCGAAAUAGAGCCAAUGACAGCACUUAUAUACAACGAUCUCGCACGAGUAUACGUCAAACAAAACAUGAUGGAAGCUGGCAUCAAGGCAUAUAUGAAGUCAAUCAGCGUUUUUGAGGAAACGGGCUGCUUCCAAGCUGCCACGGGGACGGCCCACAAUUUGUUAAUGGUACAAAUGAAAACGGUAGGCGAAAUGCAUCUAACAACAGCACAGACAUAUGAACAUCUCGCACGAUUAUACAUCGAACAAGACAUGAUGGACGCUGGCGUCGAUGCGUACAUGAAAGCCAUCGUCAUUUGCAAAACGGUGCUUGGCGAUGAUCAUCCCCGCACAAAAGAGCUCGUGACUCUUGUUGCAUUAUGUAAGAGCGACAAACAUGUGAGCGCACUGAACGAAAAGGGAUUGGCAAUGAAAAAACAAGGCGAUUCAGAAAAGGCGAUACAGUUCUUCCAACAGGCAUUGCAUAUGUACGAGCAAACUUCUGUUCUCACCCCCAGUGCGGUAGAAGCUUACGAGAAUCUUUCGGCUGUCAAAGCUGACCUGGGGUUGUUGCAAGACGCCAUUGCUGCGAGUGCAGAAGCUCUCAAGAUACGUCGAAGAGCGUCCGGUGACGAAGAUCCUGCCACGGAGCGACGCAUGAAACUUCAUAGAUCUUUGCUGAAACGUCUCUUGGAGAGUCGGAGCUGA